AUGGCCUCGGAACAACACUCUCGCCCUGCGUCCCCCACGCCUUCGCAGCUCCCGCCCGUCCCCGGAUCUCCCGUAUACUCGAUCGCGUCCACGGCGAACCCCCUCUCACAGUUCAGCUUACCGCUGCCCCCGCCUCCGCGACCCGCCCAUGCCGUCUUGACCAAAGCCGACCUCGAGAACUCCCAGCAAGCUUAUUCGGACCUCCUCUCCUCGGCAAAGGCUUAUCGCCUCGCCCUCGCCGCGUUAUCUACUGCCGCCUCUACCUUUGGAUCAGCUCUAGAAUCAUGCGCAAGGCUCAAGGAGGCUCGCGCAGAGCCUAUCGGCCCGUCUGGUGCCAACAUGACGGCUAGCUUCACCACAAAGGGCUCUUGUACCGCUGAUAUGCUCAUGUCGGCCUCGGGCGUCCACUACCUCGUCGCGAACCACCAGCAGAUCCUCUCCGAGACCGUCUACCGGUCCUUUGAGGUGCCGCUGCUACAUGACCUCGACAAGUGGCAGACCGUUAUCGACGAUGAGGAGGAGACGUACAAGCAAAAGAUAAAGGCACAGAGCAGGGAGAUUAAGCGACUGGAGAAGGAGGGCCUGAAGCUUCACAAGCAGCGGCGGCGUGAUGUCUCGCGUUUCCGAGCUCACCUGGUUGAACUGACGACGAAACUCGACGGCCUAACAACGCUACACGCAGACCACGCACGUACAUUAUUGAGAGAGAGUCAAGAAACGAGUUCGAGGAUCGUGGACGCCAGUUGCAGCCUUGUGCGCGCAGAGGUGGACAUCUUUGAGGGCCUGGCAAGAAAGGGCUGGAGCGGCGGCGGUCUGGACGACCUGCUCGAAAAGGGUCAAGAUCUAUUCGCGACAGAGGAAGACACGGGAAACCUCAGCGGCAGCAGCGGAGAAACACCAAAGCUCUUCUCCAUCCUGCCCCCAAAGAGCAUACUCGCCGACACGGGGUCCGAGGCAUCCAGGCCGGGCCACGCAAGGAGCGACAGCCUACUCAUGGAAGCCGAGCGAUACCAAUCCCUCGCAGCGUUGGCCUCGGAUUCCAAGCAGAGCAGCGGAGGUAAUGAUAGUGACAGCGUCUUUUCGACAGAUUUCAACAAGCCCCGGAACGCGAGACCGUUCUCGCCGCAGCCUAUCCGCCGCGUGCCGACGGACGUGACGUUUGACUCACUUUCUGGGAGUGUGCCCUGUGGACUUGAGGAUGAGGAACUGCACAGGCCGGAGCUGAUGCCUGUUGCGGAGGCAGACGGGGAAGAGGAACAACAUGACGGUCAAGAGAAUGAGGAGCCUAGAGGGAGGCCACCGACUUCUGAUUCAGCAAGGGAAAGGACACGGUCACCGGGUCUCAUCACAGAUGCCAGCUCUGCAGACGCAGCAUGGAGCGGUGACGAUGCUAAAAGCCCUGGGUGA